AUGUUGCAGUUGCAUGUAGAUGGAGCAGCAAAUCACAAAGGAGCAGGAGCAGGAGUCGUCAUAAUCACCCUAGACGGAACCUUGUUGGAACAAGCUAUCACACUAGGCUUUUCUGCUUCAAACAAUGAGGCAGAAUAUGAGGCAUUGCUUGCAGGACUGCGCCUAGUGAAAGAACUGCCGAUCAAGAGAUUGGCCAUCUACUCAGACUCCCAGCUCAUCACGAAUCAAGCCUCAGGCGAGUACAUGGAAAAGCAUCCAAGAAUGGUCCAGUACCUCGAUAAAGUCCAAGGACUUUUGAAAGAAUUCCCUACUUUCACCAUCCAACAAGUUCCACGAGCAGAGAACACUCAUGCAAAUGCGUUGGCGAGCCUAGGAUCAGCGCUGGACACCCAGUCCAGACGCUCCAUCCUAGUUGAAUACCUUGACCGGCCAAGCAUCGAAGAAAUAGAGCCAAUCGACCCAAUGCAGAUUGAUGAGAACCCCAGUUGGCAAGACCCCAUUAUCGACUACUUAGUGAAUGGAAAUCUGUCAACGGAUAAGUCCGAAGAUAUGAAGGUCUAA